CCGGUUGCGCCGGAUGCAGGCGUUAGAGGCCUGCGGGAGGGCGUCGGUGCUUGUCCGCUUUGCGCUGGGAGCCUCUGGCGCCAGAAUGGACCGGAGGAAAAAGCCUUUGGACGUUACUGCCUCUUCGUUGGUAGACCUUAAGGCUGAACUCUUCCGAAAACAAGAAGAAUUCAAACAAGAAAAACUUCUAAAAGAUUCUGGAGUUUUGGGAAAACCAAAAACAACUAAUAAGAAACCAAGUAUCUGGAGCAAACAGAAUGUAGGAGUUACAAAUAGAGCUGAGAAGGAUGCAGAACAGAAGAUUGAGGAACAGAAGACUUUAGACAAAGCAAGGGAGAAAUUGGAAGAAAAAGCCAAAUUAUAUGAAAAAAUGACUAAAGGAGACUUUAUAGAUGAAGAAGCGGAGGAUAUGUACCUUGUGGAUUUCACACAGAAGAUCAUAGACAAACACAAAGAGAUGGAGGUGUUUGGUGCCAACAGAGAUUGUAGGAAGGCAGGAGAAAGAGACGAUGAUGAAGAAAAUCUUUCUGAAAAAGAUAUACCUCCUCCCCAGGACCCCGGUGAAGAAUGGGUGGAUUAUGUGGAUUCUUUAGGGCGAUCUCGCCGCUGUAUGAAAAAGGAUUUGCCAGAUCUGCUGGAGAUGGAUAAAAAUCUUCAGGGGAGGCUUUUCGUUAGUCCUGCUAAUGAGAAAACCUUAUUAUCUGAAGAUAUGAGAAAAGAACUUCAGCGCCAGCAAUGGGAGGAAGAAGAAAGAGAGGCCUUGAAAAGGCCGAUGGGGCCCAUACAUUAUGAAGACAUUCGUGAAAAUGAGGCCCGGCAACUUGGUGUUGGAUAUUUUGCCUUUGCCCGAGAUAAAGAGUUGAGAAACAAGCAGAUGAAAACGUUAGAGAUGCUACGUGAACAGACAACAGAUCAGAGAACAAAACGAGAGAACAUAAAGGAAAAGCGAAAGGCUAUGCUAGAAGCAAGGCUUGCUAAACUCCGACAAAAAAAGAUGAAAAAGUCAAAAGAAGAUGGAGCAGAGGAAGAAAACAAAGAUGUUAUUGGGCCUUUGCCACCAGAACCAGAGGCUGUGCCAACCCCACGUACUGCUGCCCAGAGUAGCAAAGUGGAAGUCAUCGUUCAGGAGAGGAAGGAUACCCGCCCGGGAGUGCCACAUGUCCGAGAGUGGGACAGAGGAAAAGAGUUUUCCUUUGGGUUCUGGUCGAAGAGGCAGUCAGAUCUCCGGGCUGAGAGAGAUCCUGAGUUUGCCCCACCAUCGGAUUACUUUGUGGGUCAAAAGAGAACUGCUUCCCUCAGUAGCGAGACGUGGAGCAGAGCUGCAGCUGCACCGAGCGACCCAGGACAGUGCUCUGGCCAGAGUCGUGACACUGGCUCUUCACAUCCACCAUCCACUCCUGCCCCCAGCAGCCCACCACGAGCCCCGACAGUCACUUUUGAAACUCUGGACGAUAUGAUAUCAUAUUACAAACAAGUGACAUGAACUUCCAAACCGUUCUGAUUUGGGUCUCUACUGUGGAUAGUGCCUUCUUCUCCUAAAUUGGGGAAGAUAAUUUAAUUUUAGGGACUGAAUUGUACCUGUUUCCUCCCGUCCUUUCCCUGGAAGACACAGACUUCAGGUUGGAUUUGUCUGUCAGCAAGGAAGAAAGUGAAUGGUACCAUGGGAAUUCUGUGGCCACUUGGCUGUUCAUUUUUUUCUAAUUGAUAUGGAGCCCUGUCCUUCUGGAUUUAUGUGUAAGCUGUCAUGUACGACCCCGAAGAGCUCGUAACCCUGUUUCAUAACCACUUCCUUGGCUUACCUAGAUUUAAGGGUUCCAUUCCUUUCCUUUUGCAGAUACUAGAGUGCAGCUUUCUUUGUUCCAAGGAUUCAGCUUCCGUAUCAAUUCCAUAUCUGUCGGGAGGUGUGUUAGGCUGUCAAAGUGGCAAAUGAGGGGACACUGUGUGGGCAAAGUGAUCUAGUCUCCAAGAGGACCAUGAAGCUGGUGGACUAUUAAGUAAUAACAUUUGAAAUAAGACCAGAGAGGAGAACUUCAUAAUCCAGAAAGGUAGAGGGUGAAGUCACUUACCUUGUCAUCCCAUCCUAAAUGAUGGUUGUCACCACACAUGCCUAGUGGGCAUUCGGUAAGUGUGUGUAGAGUCCCUGGGGCACAUGUGGAGGCUGCUCAGCCUGGUCAGAGAGUGAGAUGCUUCUUAGCUUAAGGGUUAGUUUUUCAGCUGGCCUGCCUCUCUGUUGCAUCCACUGUAGGCCCUCAUCACUCUCAGGAGCCAAGUCACCUCAGAAGUCUGAUUGGAAUAGACCUGAGCUGGAGUAAGAGGCAGGGAGGUCCCUUUGUCUUUACUAACAGUGAACAGAGCUCCAGAAGCAUUUCCUGUGCCCGCUGCACCUCCGUGUCUUUACAGCUGCAGACAAGCAGUGGGAGUUGGCCCAUAGGACUCCCUGUAAGAAUGUGCUAGAGCAGGUCUUUCAGGUACCAGAAGGAGCCUACACUCUUGGGGCUCUGAUGCACAUAGUCUCAGUGGUAUUGAUGGGAAUGCCCCCUUCUCAUUACAGAUUACAAACUGCAGUGCAGAGAAGGUCAAUGACUUGUCCAAGGCCAUGUAGCAUCCGUAUGGCAGCUCUGGGACUUCAGGGCAGUUUAUUUAGGCUCAUGUUUGCUCUAGCUUCACUUUCUCCAGUGCCAUCUGCUCUCAGUCUUGUCCCAGUUAUCAAAUAGUAUUAGAUGAAAAUCCCAGAUUCUUGCAAACUUAGCCUCUGAACUCCAUGUCAAAGGCAAAGUUGCCUGCCCUACUAAGGGUCAUUCUGUCAGCCUGAUCAGGCAAAUACCUCUUCAAAAAAAAUUUUUUUAAUGUUUAUUUUUUGAGAGACAGUGUGAGUGGGGGAGGGGCAGAGAGAGAGGGAGACACAGACUCUGAAGCAGGCUCCAGGCUCUGAGCUCUCAGUACAGAGCCCCAUGCAGGGCUUGAACUCAUGAACCGUGAGAUCAGGACCUGAGCUGAAGUCAGACACUUAACCGACUGAGCCACCCAGGCAUCCCAGGCAAAUACUUCUUUUUAAAAAAUAUACCUUAAUAUCAACUGACCCAGUCACAUUUUUUGCAAAACUUGAUAAGCUGAUCCUAAAAUUGGUAUGGAAUUGAAGAGACGCAGAGUAUCCAAAACAAUCUUGAAAAAGAACAGAGUUGGAGGACUCGCACUUCCUCAUUUCAAGACUUACUACAAGCUACAGGAAUCAAAGCAGUGCGGUACUGACCUAGAUCCAUGGACUAGCGUUGAGUCCAAAAAUAAAUCCUUAUUUCUGUGGUCAGUUGAGUUUUGACAGUGGUGUCAAGGCCAUCCAAUGGGGUAAAGGAUAGUUUCUUCAGAUGAUUUUGGGACAACUAUCUGCAUGCAAAAGAAUGAAUUUGGACCCACAACUCAGACCAUAAACAAAACCAACUCAUUGUCAAAAUGGAUCAAAGACCUAAACAUAGGAACUAAAGCUACAAAACCGACUGAAACAGCUUGUAGUACAAAGGGAGAGGGACAAAAAAGGAAAAUUGGAAUACUAGAGAGAAAAAAUAGAAAUAAUAGUUCACUGGAAUCCUAAGAAAACAAAAAAAUGGAAGGGAAGAACGAAAACAAUAGACAAAUGAGAACAAUGGAAAGAACGUGUUUAUGAGGUAGAGCAGAAGGGCUUGAGAGCUGAUUGUGGAGAACAGGCGGGAAGGCCAGCCAGACAGCAGUAAGCCCAGGCCUGUGGGAGUAGCGGUCAUGAGCAGGAUCCCCAAAUAACCUUUCGUCGUUGCCCAGGAUGGCCCAACCUAGGGUGGAUGGCGAAGCAGUCUGCUCUUUGGCUUAUGGUCACUGUCGACUAAUAACUGUAAGUCGGAUGUCCUCUAGGAUUUCAAGACUAUAUAAACAUUUCUAAUCCUCUCUUAGCAUACAUGUAGUUGUUUCAUGAGCCCAGUUAACAUCCUCUUCCUUUUCAGACCCAGAGCUGAAGUGUUAACACAAUUAGUUUUACCGGUUCUUGUGGGCCUGUUUUGUACACAUGUAUCCAGCAGAUGGCGUUCAAGUCCUCAAGACUUCAGAUCACUCUAGAACAGCACUGCCCCAUAGAAAUAGGAUGCGAGCCCUCUGUCAUUUUCAGUUUUCUGGGACCCACAUCACAAAAGUGUAAUUAAUUUUAUUGUAUACUUUAUUUAGUAUAUCCAAAAUAUUUCAACACUCCAUAUUAAAAAAAUAUUGAAAUAUUUUACAUUUGUUUUCACACCAAGUGUUCAAAAUCAACUGCAAAUCCUCCCAUGGUACAUCUCAAUUCGGAUGCUAAGUUUUCAUCAGGAGUACUCGAUCUGUAUUUAUAUGUCAUAAAACAUACAGGAAAAAGUAGACUCACAUCCACAUUGUUGCAAAAAGACAAACAUUUUUAAGUUUGCCAGUAACUGAAUCCAAUAUCAAGUCAUAAUACAAUUUUAGUUCUUAGUCAUACUAGCCACAUUUCAGAUGCUCAAAAGACACGUGUCUAGGGCUACUGUCUGUCCAGCACAGUACAACUCUACAUGAUCUGUUUUUAUACACUUUAUGGUCUGACCACACCUACUCCUCCCAUUAGCAGCUAAAGGACUGAUAAACAUUUCUUCCAGGCAUACGUUAAGCAUUCAAGAUAUUAUGGCAGUGUUUCACUUGAAGGCAAGGAGCAGUGAAAUCUGUCAGAAAACAUGACCACACCUUAUUCAUAUCUUUGUAGAGCUAAGCGGAAUGUUUUGGAUCAGAAAUUGCUUUGAAUUACUUGUUUUCAUUGUAAUCUUUCCUCCAGGCCUUUGUGUGUUUUGAUACAGUUCAUUUGAAUUGGCUAAAUAAAUCAUUUUGUUUGCUUGCAAAA